GUAAGACCAGUGUCUAAGCUUGUAUAUACUCGUAUACGUAUACACUCAUAUAAAAGUGUCAUCGUGCCAUUCGCGGAGGAUAGUUGGACUCGAAGCUUCGAACGAACAUGAUCGAGAUCAUUUUAUUAUUCCUCGGCGUUUAUGGAACCCUCGCUGUUCCGUACAGACCGCAUACGGACCGCGAAUUCCGUACGUUGGGCAAUGAUGCGGUCGAUGACAUCGAAAUUGACGAAGUUCGUCUUCCCGGUUCGGCAAAUUUAGAUGAAAAAUCUAUACCCCUUUCUCGACUCUACGUUGUUGAACCAGUUAAUUUACCUGGCAAUGACAAUUUAGAAGAAAGGGCUCAAAUACGUCUGGCUUUACCUGGUACGAAAAAUUUAGAAGAGAAAGGUAUACCCGAUUAUGUGCUCAAACGAAUGGCCAAUCCAACAAAUCGUCGAAUUUCCAGUCAUCCUGAUUUUGAAGAAAUUCCUAUUCAAUGAAAGCAAAAAAAAAAAAGAAUUAUCGUUGUUGCUUG